AACAAGUGGUGUGUAGGACAGGUCACAUGUUUGUGGGGUGCCACAGUAGGGGAAGUAAGUAUUUGCUGUGGGUAUGGAUGAUACAGAGGAGCUGCAGUAGGGGUUCAGUAUUUGCAUCCAGGAAGUGCUGACUGAAGAUGCGGGUCAAUGCGUGGCUUCUCUUGGUGUCCUGCUUCUACACCUGGGCAGAGUAUUCACAGAGGUGCACGUGCCAGGACAUCUGUCCCACAGAGACAGGAUCAAACAGGGGGUCAAAAAGCCGGGUAAAGGAACAUGUUCGUCACGGUGACGGACACAAGCACACACAUCACAGGAGCAGGCCACAUCGCAGGAAAGCUUACAGAGUUCGUGGAGAGGACAUGGCACCCCGCAUCGUCCUACACCCGUCUGAUGUUGUGGUGAAAGCUGGGAAUCCCGCCACGCUCUCCUGCCGGGCAGAUGGCAGCCCGAAAGUAACCAUUGAGUGGCUGAGAAAUGGCCAGCCUCUGAAAACACUGAAUGCAGAUGGACAUUUGGAGCCACUGGUUUUGCUAGAGGGGAGCCUCUUCUUCCUGAGUGUAGGAGAAGGAAGUCGAGGUCAGUCACACGAGGGUGUCUACGCCUGCGUGGCCCGGAACAGUGCUGGCACAGCCACCAGCCGUAAUGCAUCUCUGUAUAUUGCAGUGCUGGAGGAGGAGUUUGCUGUGCAGCCCAGUGAUGUGGAGGUGGCAGAAGGGGAAGUGGCUGUCUUAAACUGUGGCCCCCCAGUGGGACACCCUGAACCUAAUGUCAUCUGGAAGAGGGAUGGCAGGCCCAUUGACAGCACUGAUCACCACUACACUGAGCUGAUUGGGAAGCUUAUCAUUGCUCCUGCAGAGAAGAAAUACUCUGGCGCCUAUGUGUGUGAGGCCAGCAACAUUGUGGGAGUGAGAAACAGCAGGGCGGCUCGGCUCUCUGUGCUGGCCAAACCUGUGUUGGUGCUGAAGCCAGAAAAUGUGUCUGUGAGAAUGGGGGAGUCUGCCCAGUUCUACUGCCAAGCUAAAGGUGACCCCCCACCUGCUGUGGUCUGGAGCAGGGAGCAGGGGGCUCUCCCGAAUGGCAGGUAUCUUGUAAACCCAGACCAGACUCUCCAGAUCCAUUAUGUGACAGCCCUGGACGCUGGGAAGUACAUCUGCACUGCUGCCAAUGAUAUAGGUGUGGUCACUGCCAGCGCACAGCUAGUUGUGCAAGAGGCUGCCAGCACUAAACAGAAAGACCUCCACAAAGAGCUGUCAGCGCUGCGAGUUACUCUGGAAAAUGUCACCAUCGUGUCCACUGGGUCCAACAUGUCCCAACUACAGUGGAAGCUCCAGUCCCUUCCAGUCCAGCCUCAUUACCUAGAUGGCUUUGAGGUUCUGUAUCGCUCUCUGCUGCCUGCUAGCUCGGACUGGGCAGCAAGGAAGGUGACACUGCCCAGCUAUCAGACUCAGGUGGGCCCCUUAAAGAAAGGCUACAAGUACGAGUUCAAAGUCCGUCCCUAUGGCAGCAACUUGUAUGGGAGGGAGAGCAACACCCGGCACCUCAGAGUCCCUGAGACAGUGCCCAGUGCCUCUCCGAUGACUGUGUCCACAACAGUGAGCCAUGAGCAGAAUAACACCAUCUAUUUGAGCUGGGAGCCUCCUCCUCAUGACACCCACAAUGGUAUCAUACAGGGCUACCAGGUGUGGUGUGUGGAGUCUGAGGAGCAGCAGUACCAGAACUGGACUGUGGAUAGUGGCCAGCACAACCUUGUUAUCUCUACUCUCAAACCAGGGAAACAAUACUGGCUCACCAUAGCAGCUGUCAACGGAGCUGGAGUGGGAAGGCUGAGUGACCCCCAUGGAAUUGUCAUCAACCCACAAAAGGCCAUUUCGCCUGAGUCGGAGAGCCAAAGACGGGAUCUGUCUCAGGUCCUGGCUGUGCUUCAAGACCCAGUGUUGAUCGGCAGCAUUGGCGCCCUCUUGUGGUGUGUUUUGAUGGUUACAGCUGUGUUCCUCUUCAGACGCCACAGCAGGACUGGCCACUUGAUACCAGGACAUGGCAAGGCCAAAGGUUUGCACAGACUAACCAGUGAAGAUCUUAUAAUAAAACACAGGAUGGCAGCGCCAGACUCUCCUUGGAUUUCUGGAGGCUGGAGACCUGCCUUCAACCAGAAAUAUCAGGAUUUAUGGGCCCAAGGACAGAAACAUUCUGGGAUCAGGAGCACCAGCCUCCCAGUUUCAUCCAAGAAGGACCCAAGCUGCCUGGAUUCAGCUGUCCCCAUUGUGACCGACAGCUGCGGUGUCUAUGGCACUUUCUAUGUUGACCUGAUGGGCAACGGCCUCAAGACCUUCAGCAGUCCCAAAUGUCGUCCUAAGAUUCCCCAUGGUCUGCCCUAUCAACAAGGAACUGAGACCAUCCAGAUAUUCAGUCAGCCUGUUGCAAAGACCCCGGCCUUUGGUAGUCAGGAGGCGCUACCGUGGAAACAGGCAAUACGCCCCCAGCCCAAAAUGGGCGUGAUGAGGGAGUCAUGGGAGAAGAGCCACAGCAAGCAGGAGUUGCAUGCAGUGAACAGCGUCCCCAUAGUGCCAACGGGGAACCAGGCUUGUCCAUCCAGUAUCUACAAACAGAGACUCAGUCACAUACCAUCAGGCCGGCACAUUGGACUGAAAGACUGUGGUAAAGUCGCUGGCUGUCCUCGCCUGCUGCAUUACUCUGCAUCAUUACACCUAGUGGACAUGCUGCCCCCGCCACCACCACUACCUAUACAGGACACUGUGGACACACACAGCCUCACCUCAGAUGAAGGCUCCAGUCGUUCUACAAAGCUGACAGUGGACGUGGGCUCUCUCCAGUCAGUGUCUGCUGCGUCAGGCCACUGUGGGCAACCAGGACCCACCACCAACAGCAACAACAACAAGAGCUGUCCAUCCUAUGGCCACAUGUCUGCUACGUCAUAUUACAUGUCAACGGAUGAUGAACAGGGCGGCACCCUGACAGCAGAGGAAGCCACCCAGUAUCUGGAGCUCAGUCCCAAACCAGAGAGAUGCAGUGCCCUGCCUGUGCAGCAUCCCUCCCUGCCCAACCCCUUCUCCCCCAACUUGGGCUACAUCUGCGGGCCAGUCCGCUCCACUCAGCUUGAGGAUGACUCUGACACCGACGAGCCUGAGGCCCCACCAAUUGGUUUGCGACGUGCCCGCCUCCAGAGCACACCUUCUUCUUGCUACAGCGAAUGGGACAGCUCACUGUGGAACACCUGGAGCUCAGUGAUGGACGGCAACAUGGCCAGCGCACGCACCAGCCUCAUCAGCUCGGUGGACAGCUGCUACACUAAUGACAGCACCAACUUUGCCCGCUUGCUGGCAGUGGCAGCAGAGACCAUGAGUGCAGCCUCCCUGUCAGACUUCUCCCCGCCAGCUUCCCCCCUCAGCGCCCUGUAUCCUUCAUUUCGUGCAGAAGGUGACUCAUUCGGGGAGCUGGAUCCGGUUCCUGCUUGGGACUGGAACAUGGCCUGGGUGGAGGAAAUGGAGGCUAAGUACAGACCACACUAUCCUGGCAGAAACACCAGACCCUUUGACAUUUAGGAAGACUCUGCCAUAGGAGUCCAAGAUACAGCAUAACUCAUUUUUUGGACAACUUCAGGAACACCUCACAGCAAUGCCAGUACUACAAGACAAGAAUAGAGUACAGACAUGAUACUGCAACAGUGAUUGAGUCACUUUUUUGAGACUGCAACUAGUAAUUUUCAGAUCUGAAUAAUUCAAGGUUGAUGUGUCUCUGUCAAGACUAGAUAGAUAUCUCAAUUUGAAAUAUAAUUGGAGCCAUCUCCAUGAUGUUUAAGACACCUCUGUUAGUAGAUGCACAUCUGUUGUCUGUAAUGGUUUUCCCAGUUUACCUCAGGGCAGUCUGGCUACUAUUUUGCAUCCUUCAGAUGAUUUUCAGUGAGUUUCUAAAGUUUAUUUUUCCUCUCCAUAUCCUUUCCACUCAUUAAAGAAUAGUAUAAUGAGAUACCCCCCUCAGGAUGUUCUCACCCAGAGCGUUUUGAAAAGGCCAGAGAGACACACAGACUGGAUUGUGAGACAGUGAGAAAGCAGUCAUUACAGUAGGAAGAAGAAAUACAGUGCUGGAGUUUUUACCGUCACAGUUUAUGUUUGUUUCCCGUUUUCCUAUUUGUGUUGCAGGAUUUUGUUUGGGCUGAAGUCCUACCGACUGAGGCCAUUCUCACUCCUAACACAUCAAAUUCAGCAGCCUGGUAAAUGGCCUUAUGCUUCUAAGUUUGAUGCUGUAGGAAGCUUCUAGCACCACUUUAUGAAGCGCCCCUCUAGCGGAAUCAUACAAAGAGUGUGAAAAUCAAGAGUCAAGAGGGAUUUUUUCAUGUAAACGUAUUACGUGAAGAGAGUGAUGUAAAUACAUCCAAGCUAUGCUCCUUAUGUUACAUAUCCAGCCUGCUUACGUUACGUUACAAGACUGAACAUGUUAGUCCAGAAGUCAAAAUAUGUCUUUGUGUGUCAGCAGGCUUUAUUUUGAAAGUCUGACAGGACUUUGCACAUGAUAUAUUAUUGCUAACAUACCUGCGAAGCCAUUCACAUGCAAACUGACACUAGAGGAGAAGGUAGAGCGUCACUGUUUGAAGCUUAAUGCCACUGACCAGGCUGCUGUAUUUGAGAACGUGUUGACCAAAUAAAGCGCAGCAUAGUUAUGUUGUACAAACCUUUUUACUUAUCAAGUGUAUAUAUGCAGCAUGUGCAACAGAUGUUAUUUAAAUAAUUUUCAACACAUUCCAAAUCAUUUUCUGUCUUGCUGUUUAUUUUGGUGAUUUCUUUGACAUUCUGAGAAUUGUUUUAUAUUAUGCUAUUGUAUUUCGUCUUUAUACACCCUGUCCUCAUCUUAAUGUUACUCAAAGUCUGUAUUGGAGACAGAACAUUGUGAAGGUCAGAUAGAAAAAAAAAAUAGAAGAGUUAUUUUUGAAAAUCCUUUUUCUUUCACAUUUACUUGAAUUAACUUGAGGUUUUAACUUUUAAUACCUUUUAAUGAAUUUUAGCAGACAUUGAACAGAAUUUGUAUUGUCAGAGCUGUAUGCAUAGCUUAGUUUUAUGUUUUGUAAUAAAUUGCAUUUUAUUUUGUUCACCUUACAGUACAGAUGUGUUUCAUAGUUUUGAAUAAAUCUUUGUAUUGGUUGAAAUCAAGCGUUAUAUAUUUUGCCAGGACUUUUGGAAUGUAUCUAGCUCACUUGUUUUCCACUGUCCUAAGGGGGUUGUGAGAUAAAUUCCGGGGGUCACCAGAUGGUUGUGGAGACCCAAAACGUAAAACGUAUUUCAGACUGGGGAAUAGUUUUUUCCAUCACAUUUCCUCUGUACGCAGCAAUAUUGGACUGAGGCAGAAAUGAUUUUUCGUAAAGAAAAACUCCCCACUCUGAUGUUAUUGUCCCAAAUUAAAUUCACCGUCAUACACGCUUGAA